AUGCCAUCCGAGCAAGGUCACCGCCUCUACGUCAAGGGACGUCACCUCAGCUACCAGAGAGGCAAGCGCAACACCAACCCCAACACCAGCUUGAUCAAGAUUGAGGGUGUCGACGACUCCAAGGCCGCCAGCUUCUACCUCGGAAAGAAGGUCGCCUUCGUCUACCGCGCCUCCAAGGAAGUCCGCGGCUCCAAGAUCAGAGUCAUGUGGGGCAAGGUCACCCGCGCUCACGGCAACUCUGGUGUCGUCCGCGCUCAGUUCCGCAACAACCUCCCUCCCCGUUCGUUCGGUGCCACCGUCCGCGUCAUGCUUUACCCUUCUUCGAUAUAA